UUUUUCGCCUUAUGUCAGACGCCCUGUAUAUUAUUUUUUAUAUUAAAUCAGAGCUGCUGCGUUAUUUUAAUUAACUAUUGUCUCAAUAAUGUACACGUGUUAACGUAAUUUAAUAUAAAAAUUGAAAAAAGAAAAAUAUGCUGAUUGGACAGAAGAUGUUUCAACGCAAUGUUUCCAUUAUUCAAAACUCGGUGCAUUAUUAAUCUCGUACAUCGUUCCUCUUUCUCUCUGCGUCCGAAGAUCGAUUUAAUUUACUAAAACCUCGUCACGAGGAACAGAGCUAAUAUCAUGCAAUCUGAACUUCGUUAAUGUUACAGUAGUAUUACGUCCUUAAUUUCUGCCUACGAAAAAUACCAGACUAAACGCACCACGCUUGUCAGAGUGCCUGGUGUCGCUAGAAGAACUCCAACAUUCAGCCAAAUUUUUUCGAAGUGUUCCUCACCCCUUCAAAAAUCCCUUCAAACGCUCCUGGAAAAAUCUCAACUUUCGACCACUUGGCUUCAAAAUACUUUGUAAUCAUUGUGGAAGAACAACUUCAAUUUGCUUCAGUUUUCUAACAUUUCCUCGUCGAGUCGAUUAAUAGAUCCAAAGGCGAUCCGCGGCAAAAGGAGAAAAAAGAGAUGGAGGAGGAGAUUCGCGUGCAGGUGGAGGACAACUCACCCUCGAUAGAGCACACCCUGCGUCCGAUCGCGUACACCUCCUGGUUCCUGGGCGUCGGCGUCGCGCGUCCUCGAGGGUGUCCCAAAGUUGUCACGAUCAUCCUGCGGGUCGUCCACUUCGGGGUGUGCUCGGUGAUCGUGGCGUACGGCGCGAUAGACUUCUUCACGUUCGGCAGCGUCUUCAAGAGUGACAUAUUCAAGAUCAUGUACUACAUGAACAAGGUGGUGUGCUACGUGUCGGCGUACUAUUAUGUGUACCACGGCAUCAGGCACUACGACAGGUGGCCGCAGCUGAUGGACAAGAUGAAGAACCUCGACCAGAAGAUUCGAAAGGAGAUCCCGAUGAACGACCGCCCGGUGAAGAACGCCCAGGUGCUGGCCAUCCUGGCGACGUUCGCCUGCGGCCCUUUGUCGUUGAUCGUGCACGCCCUGUACUAUUACUUCACCCUUCCCGAAGAUAUCUUCGCGUCCGACCUGCUGCUCUAUUACACGAUAGCCCAGUCUUUGAUCAACAGCUUCGUGUUCGAUGUGACCGUCUAUGUGCUGUACCGCAGGUUCCAAACGCUGAACGAAUUCAUUGGACAGCUGGACGAGCGAUUCGGCGCCCCGUGGAUCGCAGUUAAAAUUAGGCGUAUCAGAGAGCUGCACACUGGCAUCUGCGACCUAGUAAUCAUGGUAAACGACAUACACGGCUUCCACCUUCUCCUUUGCUCGGCGAACUGCUUCACCAUGGCCGUGGCCACGCUGUUCAGGAUCUACAUGGGUGUCGUCGAGAGAAACUACGCGUUCAUGCUGAUAAACAAUAUUCUUUGGCUCCUGUACGCUGCGCAAUUCGGCCUGAUGUGCUGGGUCUGCACGCUGGCGCGUCAAGAGUCGGACAGGACUGGGAUCAUCAUAUAUGCAAUCAUACUGAAUUGCAAAUCCACGAAUCCUGGCAAGCCGAACAGCGCCAGGAGUCAACCGAGUCUCGAAGUGCCUCCGCCAAUUGACGGCGGCCCGGAUGGCGAACAGAAUUCUAAUCGAAGCAGCAGUUACAAUCUCAACUACGUCGUGAUGGAGACUUUGCUGCGCAAAAACUUGGACCGAGACUGCGUCAGGAACGAAGUCAACGAUUUUUCGAUACAGCUGCAACAGCACCGAGUGGCGUUCACUGCCUGCGAGUUUUUCGAGAUGAACAAUUCUCUGCUCAGCGGCUUUGUUGGAGUGAUAACUACUUAUUUAAUAAUCCUCGUUCAGUUUUAUCGACCCGACAAUCCGAACGCGCAAUUCAGUAGGAAACGCUGAACGGAAAAAUGUUGCACUCUAGAAAGGAAGAAAGCAGGAAAGGAUCGUUGCGCAUUAAAGGAGGAGAAAGACAACUCGAGCCAAAUAUUAAAUUAUAAUAAAUAUUUAUUAUAACAAACUUAACAUUACAAUAAUACCAUUUGUUUGUGGAUUUCAGAAAAUAAAAAAGGAAACUUUACAACGAGGUAAAACAGAAUGGACACUAAUGGACGUCAAGUGCAAAUGCAAAGUGUGAAUAAUGAAAA